CCUUUCAAUAGCCACCAACACGUUGACAGAGCACCACCUGUUGGUCGGCGGCGUAAAACUCCUCGUUCGAUAGCUGCAUUCGACUGAGCGUCUGUGUGUGCACUUGUCGAUUUGUGUAGCAUAUUUUGCGGCGCGCUUUCUUUACGUCCAUAUGGCAGAGUAGAAAUCAAGAGCCUCGGUGCGUUGCGUGUGCGUUGUUGUUCGACUUCGUCUUAAUAAGCCUAGUUUGGUCCAAACAUGUCGGACACGAAGGUAACAAGUGGUCAAGUGGCUGGUGCUCAACUAAAUGCCGCCGGCAGACGUAGCUCAUCGCCGCCAUCGCAAGGCGUUGAGAAUCGUUGCCUCAUUGCGUUAAUUGUCUACAUCGCGCUGCUGCUCGACAAUGUGCUGUUGACCGUGAUAGUCCCCAUAUUGCCCGAUUAUUUGGCCAGCUUGGAUCGGCUUUCGGAUGAGCCGUUUAGGCUCGAGGAAGGCACAUUGCCGCCGUCCGCAUCGCUGUCGCAUCAGAUGACUUAUCGCAAUGAUGAGCCACAGCAGCAGCAGCAAUUCUACAUGACCAAGCAUCCCAUACCCGGCAAAUCGAUGGUGAAUUUCACGCUCUUGCAGCUGCAGACGACGACCACAGCGAUGCCCAGCAAUCAACCGACUGGCACUAAUGCGACAGCGACAGCGGCCGCAGCCACAAACACCAGCAACAGCAACAGCUUCGGUGUCAGCGACAGCGACAGCAUAAAGGCAGUUAACCACAGCAGUGUCAACAGCAAUUUCAGUGGCCACAACAGCAAAAACAACAGCAAUAUUGGCUUGGCCAGCGAGAAUGGCUCGAUUGGUCUGUUGUUGGCCAUGAAAGCGUUGGUUCAAUUGAUUUUCAAUCCCAUUGUUGGCAAUAUGUCAAGCAAGUGUGGUUACCGCCUGCCCAUCAUGGUGGGCACCUGCUUCCUCUUGCUCUCCUCGCUGGUUUUUGCCGUCGCUGAGUCUUAUUGGACCCUGUUGUUGGCCCGUGCCAUCCAGGGUGUUGGCUCCGCCUGCAUCGGUGUCUGUGGCAUGAGUCUGGUGGCCCAGCACUAUCCGGAGGAGGCACGUCGCUCCAAGGUCAUGGGCAUCAUCCUGGGUAGCAUUGCGCUGGGCGUUCUUCUUGGCUAUCCCUUUGGUGGCAUCCUCUAUGACCUGGUGGGAAAAUCGGCGCCCUUCAUCAUACUGUCGACCGUUAUCUUUCUGAAUCUCGGCCUGCAGCUGCUCACCAUGGAUCUUUCCGUGCAGUCGGAGGUCGUUGUUGUCAAGCAGGAGACCAAAUGGCGACCGCUGCUCGAAUGCAAAAUGAUCUUGGCCAUUGUCAUUGCCAUCUGGAUGUCCACAUCUACAAUGGCCAUAUUGGAGCCCUGCUUGCCCAUCUGGCUGAUACAGUAUCUGCAGCCAAAUAAGUGGCAACUAGGCACGGUCUUCAUACCAGACUCUGUGGGCUAUUUUGUGGGCACCAAUUUCUUUGGCAGCAUCGCAUAUCGCUAUGGCCAAGUGAAGAUCUCCUGCAUCAGUCUGCUGCUAGUCGGCAUUGCCUCUAUUCUGAUUCCCAGCGCCACAACAGUUGCCCAGCUGCUAUUGCCACACUUUGCUUUGGGCCUGGGCAUUGGUGUCAUUGAUGCUGCACUUGUUCCACUACUCGCAACCUUUGUGGAUGCCACAUUAGCGCAAGAGGAAGGCGGAGAGACAAACAAUUCCAUGUCCAGCUAUGGCACAGUCUAUGCUAUCCAACAGACUUCAGUUAGCCUGGCUUACUGUCUGGCUCCCUUAAUUGGCGGCGAAUUGGCGCAAUCAUUUGGCUUUGCCUGGCUCAUGCGCAUUGUGGGCAUCCUAAACAUUAUCUAUGGCCCAGUUUUGGUCUAUUUAUAUCAAAAAUACGAUCCCAAAAGCUUAAGAGAGCAUCAAAAUGAUCUGCUGAUGCAGUCCAGUGGUCGUGGAUCGCGUUAUAAACAGCUCUACAACUCCAUGGACUUGGAGUAAUCACAGUACCA